CUGCGCACCGGCGACAACACGCACCUGCUGCGCGCCUUCCUCGUGGACAUGACGUACCGGUUCCGCACCGUGGUGGACGGCCGCGACCUGCUCGGCAAGAACGACAACAGCAGCGUGAGGAACGUGGCCGCCACGCGCUACGGCCUGGUCAGGGCCGGCCACGUCACGCACCUACAGGUGGCCAACGGCGACCGCACCGAGACGGCGUUCGGCCAGGAGGUGGAGGCGCUGCUGGCCGGCGCGGCCGUGACGAGCGCGUGGCACGAGCUGCAGCGUGCGGCCAGCGUGCACGUCAACUGGGAGCGAGAGCGCCCGCGCCCGCUGCAGUGGGAGCCCACACAGGCGCCCCGGUCCUGGGGGCCGGAGCAGGCGUAGGGAACACUACAGGUGCAGCCGCACUCCCUGCAGCGGACGACCCCCCCACCCGUACUACCCUGGAGCGAGGGUGCAGGGCACUUCCCGUCCCGCCCUCGCUCGGAGCCGAACUUGCAAAACAUCUUUGAGCUGAAAACAACUUUUGCAUUUGGCACUGCGCGCGUUAGCACGGCGCUGGCUGCACAAACUCCUGCUCUCAGAGUCGCUAAGGUCCAUGUUCAACCAGCUUCUCCGCCCACACCCCCCGUUUUACCCUGUUCCCUCCCUCUUCCAACCACCUCGCCCCUUCCUCCUCACCCCCCUCAGCCCUUACGGCCCCAUCG